UGUACAGCAGGCACAGGGACUUUUCCAGAUUAAUUGAUCCAUUUUAUAAUGAUCAUUGAUCAGGGCAGAAGAAGUCCCUAGGCCAAGCAGAACGAGCCUGUGGAUCCUUCCCCUCGACUCUCGCCCAGGAACCCGACGUUGCACCAGGGUCUGUUCCUCCACGUCAUUCAUCAUCGUCUUCCGUUGUGUUCAUCUCCUUUUAUGCUUUCUUCCAUUCAUUCAUCUAUCUCCUCAUUGAAUGUGUCCAUCUUUUGACGGGAGUCUCUAAAGCAAGUGAGUCUGGUCCCUGACUCCAUUGAAAUGGCCGCCAUCGACCUCCUAUCGCGCGAAAUCACGCACCAACUCGUCCGGCGGAAAAAUUGGGCCAGCGAAAACCCCGGCGUGGUCCUAGUCUUCUGCAUUGUCUUUAUCGUUGGUGUCGGGAUCGUCUCGCUAUUUAUCUACCGAAAAGCGAUGGCACGGAGUGCAGCUAGAAAGGAGCUUGAGGGGUAGAUAUUGGGAUAGGGAUAUGCAUUGGUUUAGGGGGUUAGGGCUAGGAUUGGCGUUAAAUGAUUUACUGUAUGGAUGUCUGGUAUAGACUCCUUGGCUAGUAAUAUUAAUAUCGGACUGCUCAGUCCCCGUCUAUAAUCAUACAUUAAUUCAAUCGUCUGCU